AUGUUGCGGGAAAGACCCAGAAGAGGCACUCUGCCUCCUGCUCAAGAGGUAUACACCACUGAUGAAAGUCGUGCAUGCUUUAUUGCAGAUAUGCAUCUGCACAGAGGUAUUCUGAAGCAUUGUAUAUCCUUCAGAAAUUUGAGGGUUGUUAACGUCUUUUUAAGUAUCUACCAACUUUUGUACGGGAAGUUGAAUUUUUCCUCACCUGUGCAUUCUUCAUUCCUCCUUCCAUUGAAGCUCAGAUUCACCCAAAAAAAAAAAAAAAAAACAGAAGAAAAGAAAAGAAAAAGAACUCUGGGAUGUGCUUCAAGUUCGCUUGGGUCAUCUGGUGUUAACUCUCCUACAUCUUACAUUUGGCCUCACUUUUAUUUGUUAACAAGGUUGGCAAGUUCAGGCGUUAACUUUGCUGCAUCUUACAUUUGGCUUCACUUUUGUUUGAUAAGAAGUUUGAUAAGUUCAGGUGUUAACUCUGGAACAUCUUCCAUUUGGCCUCACUUUUGUUUAUUAACAAGUUUGACAAGUUCAGGCGUUAACUCUGCUGCAUCUUACAUUUGGCCUCAUUUUUGUUUGUUAAGAAGUUUGGCGUUAACUCUGCUGCAUCUUACAUUUGGCCUCACUUUUGUUUGUUAA